GUUAAAAAUAUAGACAAAAUGGGUCCUAAUAAGGGUAUCACAAGUUUAGUCUUUGCCAUACUGAUAUACACCACCUUCAUAGUUAAAGACUAUACCCAAAAAUAUUUUGAACAAAUUUACAAAUUUGCAAAAAG